AUGAGCAGCAGCCAGGGCAAGCAUAGAAAGCCGAAAGGCAAGCAAGCCAAGAAGGCAGCGAAGAAGGAACACAAAACGGCCAAGCUCGAGCUCAAGAUCGACAAGCUAAAGGGCCUGCUGCAUCAACGCCAGAUGACCGUCAUCGCUUUCGUCAAUUCACGAUCGGGUGCGCAACUGGGCGAGAUGGUCAUGCCGCACCUGGCCGCCAUCUUGGGCGAGGACCACGUCUUCGACAUAAUCUCAGACGGCAUCAAGCCAGGGUACUGCAGCAUGGUGUGUCGCGUGCGAGUGUUGUGCGUGCACAGGGCUGACGAGCAUGGUAUGACCGUGACUACAGGUGGGCACUAUUCCGCUGGGGACGGGCAACGACUUGGCGCGACAGUUCGGUUGGGUGGCUCCGUCUAUCCCAAUCGCAAGAAGGUGCUCAAGCUCGUCUACAAGUUCGCCACCUCGGCCUGCCUCACUCCGCUCGACAUUUGGAUGGUGAAGAUCACGCCCAAGGACCCGGAGACACUGGAGCCCUUGGAGAACGAAUCCACGUCGCAGAUCAUGUUCAAUUACUUCAACGCCGGGUUCGAGGCCGGCGUAUCGUACCGCUUCGACCGCUUCAGGAAGAGACACCAAAAGCUCUUCAAGGCCCGCAAGGUGAACCAGAUUGGUUAUGGCCUCAGUGCCCUGUCCUCGACCAUGCGUGGAGGCAACCAGUCACUCAACAACCUGGGUGGAGAUGUACGUCAACGGCAGCAAGCUCGAAACGCCCGAAGACCUCAAGACGCUCGUGGUGCUCAACUUCAAGAACUAUCAAGCGGGUCUCGAUAUCUGGGGCAAGCCGAAGAGGGCCGGCGUCUCGGCGGAGCCCGUUUUUUGACGACCAGAUCGCUGAGGUGGUGGGCCUCGGCGGCGUCCGACACGAGCUCAAGGUCCGAUCGCACAUCCGCAAGGGCUACCAUCUGGCCCAGGGGUCGAGCAUCAAGAUCAACGUCUUCACCGACAUCCCCAUCAACUACGACGGCGAGCCCUUCAUCCAGCGCGGCCCCUGUGAGAUUCACUUGGAGCCGUGGUGCCUGGCCUACAUCCUCACCAACCCCAAGGUGGACCUCGAUGUCAACAUCUCCUCGGCGAGCGUGCCCACCCGCACGCCCGGCGCCCACCGCGAGUCGAGCGCCUCCGCUGCCGAGGAGGUCUACAGAUAAACACGUGGUACCACCCAAGUGUAAAUAG